CAAUAAAAGGUUACUACAUUCUUAGACGGGAGCUAAAUAAGAUAGCGAUUGCGUUUCCUUUGAUGGUUCGAUUGAUUUUGGUGAUCUCAAUAAAAAACACUGAUUGUUAGGUUAAUUAACUUGAAUCAUUAAUUCGCCAAAUUGAGCCUUCGAAAAAUAGUAACCUUACAUAAUAAGCCUGCUGCAACUCUUUUAGUUUGUACUGGGCUGACAGAGCACUCGAGGGGAUCCCGAGGGAAACCGAAUGGCAACGAACCCACGCGAAUAGAUCCGUUGCCGACUUUUUUUCGAGAUAAAAACGUUUAUUCAUUUAUUUUAUUUUUUAUUGUAAACACGAGAUAAACACGGUUACAUUUGCGAUAGCCCUGUUUUCAAAUAGAGAACAUUUUUUAGGCGUUCCGUUUUAUUUUCCUGUUUGAAAAGCUGAGUUGUUCCAUCGAACCUUUUUAGCUGCAUAACGGUAGCUUUCAUUAAUGCUACUGUUGUGUUACAGAUCAGGAUCCAAUCCAAAUGGGCCUGGACCCGAGUCAUCAGCUGACGGAGAAAGACAUCCACGAUUACCAGCUGCCAGAAAAGAUUGGAGGCAAGUGGAGAGACCUGGCACGAGCCUUAGACUACAGCCAAGCCAACAUUAAUAGGAUCCAAAAGGAUCAAGGCGGCUCUACCAAGGAGUGCUGUAUCGAAGUCCUCGUUUGCUGGAGGGGUCGGGAGGGACGGAACGCUACCGUCGAAAAAUUAGCUGGGGCUUUAGUAAAAGCAGAGUUGAAGAACGUGGCCGAUGAAUUGAUGUGUAUGGAUACCACCCAAAAUGACAGAUUUAACAUGACUAUAAGUCAAAUGCAGACAAACUGUAAUUGCAAACAUUUAGAGGUUCUAAAGGAAGAGGUAAUCAAAUUAUUCUAAAUUGGAACAUGAUUA